AUGGCAGCGCAAUUGCUGUCCCGUGUUUUAAACGCAGCUGUAUCGCCUCGCCGAACGUGUCAAGGCCGAGCUGGUGACACACGAUUGGCGCACCUGGGUGACCACUCACUGGGAGAGGCGUCCACAGAGCCUACACACUUCCAACUUUGCCGUCGUCUCUACCAGGCUCCUCGUGUACGUGGACGACGAUGGAACCGAUAUAUUCGCCGAGCACCUGCAGCGACAGUUCACGCUGGAUCCCGCGACAUCCACUGCGCGCGAGGCAGAGGGGUGGAAGAUGUCACGGCUCGGCUGGCGUACCCGAUCUUCUUCUCGCCACGAUAA